UGAUGGCGUAGAGCGGACUGGGGGCGGCGAGAGAGGAGGGUGAGAUGCUGAAUCCUUCCGCAUUAUCUUAUGCUUCUCCAGCGCUCCUUCUCAUCCUUCCCAUGUCCCAUUUGACGGCCGGCGGAAUUGCAAUCAACCUCUCACUUCCAGAAUCGCUUCUUCCCCAUCACGACUGUUUUGGGGCAAUUGCUCACACAAGAGUAUCCUGGCUCUCAAAACAUUGGCUUCCGUUCUAAACAUGCACUUGCCAAGUUUCAGAGGUCCGAG